AUAUUUAAUGUUUAAGCAAGCUUGAUCUUUUAAGGACUUGACAGAAGCACGUUCUCAAGACCGGCAGAGGGAAAGAACCAAGGAAAGGUUGGGACUUAGCUGACGUUACGAUGGGUGCCUACCUCCAGCUCCGGAUAAGCCCAUCUGUCCUUCUGGUGGCUUUGACGUUUUCCAUGAAAGGUGCCUUGGCUCUGGAGUGCCAUAGCUGUGUGGACCUGGGUGACGGCGGUUGCAGUCAACAACACCUGAAAAAGCUGACCUGCCCAAGCAAUGCCCACGUCUGUGUGGAAACCGUGGCUGCUGUGGAAUGGAGUCAUGGGAAGUUCUCCGUUGGCGAAAAGGGCUGUGGAUUGGGCAUGCCAGGAACCAAUGACAAGGCGGUGGAGGUGCACGGCAUCCUGGCCUUCUCUCAGCUGCACCAGUGCAACACAAGCCACUGCAACAUUAAACUGGACAUCAAAGCACUGCAGCUGCAACCCAUGGAUAACGUGAGUGCACGGAUUCCCAACGGAGUGGAAUGCUACAGCUGUGUUGGAGAAAAGUGCCCGUUGGACAAUUCUGCCAUUGUCAAGUGUUAUGAUAAUUUCCGCGGUUGUUUCCAUGGCAAUGUCACUAUGAAAGCAGGCAAUUUUUCACUGACCAGACCCAUCAAGGGAUGUGUCCAAGAAGACGAUUGUACUAAAGUCAGGAAAGGGAGUCCUGCCAUCACUCUCUCAGGCUCCUGUUGCUCGGGGAACCUCUGCAACACUGAUCUCUCCAACAAGACACACUUCUCCACCUCCAUUCCACGGCUGGCUUUCCUGCCUGCUCAAGAGACCAAUAACACAACCGUCACUACCCCUUCGACGUAUGUCCGGAUCAACACAGCCACAGCAGCAGCAGCUUCCACUUCCAGCAAGCUCACCCGUUCUCUUGCCGUGAGCCCAUCCGUGGGCGGCCCUCAGAAGGGCCACAGUCAUGACCACAACCACGGCCAUAACCACAGUCACGAAGAUGAUGAAAGGAGCAUCGUGGUUCAAAAUAGGAAGGUGGUCCCUUCUGUGAAGGUUGAAGAACGACUCGGCCGUCCCGCUGAUGGACCAAAGGGAGGUGUAGCCGGCUUGCAAGGCUCAGUCCUUGUGACUGUUCUGCUCCUUGGCUUGUGUCUGUGAAGGCUGAUCAAG